AUGUCGUUCAAGAUCGAGCGUGACACAUUCCAGCAGGUCCAGGGCCAAGGCUCUGCGGGGCCUCUUGUCGUCCGGCCUCCAACGCUGCACGCGCCGCACUUGCCGCCGUUGCAGUCGUCGUCGGCGUUGCAGCCGACGGCACUGCAGGCACUGCAGCCGCAGCCGCUGCCCCAGCUGCCAGAGCAUCCCAUCACCAGCAGCCUCACCGGCGGCCCUCCCCUGCCCGGCACCAGCGGAAAGCACCCUCUCACCGAGGCUGUCGGCACCGCUCUGACCGGUGGCGUGCAGAAUGCCGGCACCAAGGGCUAUCUCGCGGCCUACAUCAAGCAGCUCGAGGAGAACCCGCUGCGAACGAAAAUGCUCACUGCUGGCACCCUUGCCGGAGCCCAGGAGCUGCUGGCCUCUUGGCUUGCCAGAGACCGCAACAAGCACGGCAACUACUUCACCUCCCGCGUGCCCAAGAUGGCCGCUUAUGGCGCCCUGGUCAGCGCUCCGCUCGGCCACUUCCUCAUCUGGUUCCUCCAGAAGGUCUUCCACCGCCGAACCAGUCUGCGCGCCAAGAUCUUGCAGAUCCUUGUGAGCAACUUCAUUGUCGCUCCCAUCCAGAACACCGUCUAUCUGACUGCCAUGGCUUGGAUCGCCGGUGCUCGCACAUACCACCAGGUCCGCGCCACCGUCCGCGUCGGCUUCUGGAAGGUCAUGCGCGUGUCCUGGAUCACCAGCCCGAUCUGCCUGGCCUUUGCCCAGAAGUUCCUUCCCGAAUACGCCUGGGUGCCCUUUUUCAACCUGGUCUCCUUCAUCAUCGGCACCUACAUUAACACCAUCACCAAAAAGCGGCGUCUUGCUGCCCUUCGCAAGAAGCACUUUGGCGACGGCCGUGGCGAAGGCCGCGGCGGCACUUUGGCUGGUCGCUCCGAGGACUACCCGCCGCCGCCACCUAUGGGUGGUCCGAACCCCUCCUACUAG